AUGUCUUCCCGAAGAGUUUCGCUGCCUGUCGCCCUCGCGAUCCCUCAACAGUUCCCUUCGCGGCUCUCCCCGCCCACGCCGUCUUCUCCGGCCACGAACAGAAGGUACCGUAUGUCAAUGAUUCGAACUGACACGAAUCAGAACGAAAGCCCACUUGCAAUACUCUCUAAUUCAAUUGUUCGCAACCACGUCACUAGCUCCAACCCGCUCUUUUUUCUUCCUUCUCUUCUCGUUUUCCGUAACGAGUUGCAGUCAAACAAAAUAUUGAAUUUACGCGAAAACGGGUUAUCCGCGGCGUCGCCCAGAACACUUUCCCCCAAACAACAGCCCUUUUUCAGAUCGCUCCCGACUUCUCCGAUCUGCCGUCGGAGCCUCCCGUCCACGCCGAGAACCGUCUCUCCCCGUCGCCUCACGAACCUGCUGCCAGAUGUUGAUGAGCACUUUGCGAGCACGAGUUCAAGGUAUCCUCCCACUCAAACAUCGCCACAACACAUAUUGGUUUCAGUUCGGAAAACUCGCCUCGUCGUGUGAAAAAGCGCCGUCCGCCGCCGAGGUACAGCUCUUUCCGGUUCGCCUAUCGAGUUUCAUUCGUUUCUUCUUUUUAGGUACCAAUAUUCACUGCAGACAUCUCCUGCUCUCAUGCAUUCGAAUAACGCCGAAGAAGAGAUGGAAGAGAAGCCGGAGGGAAGUCUCCGGAGCUUCGCGAUCAAGAACGGCCACGUCAUCGAUAACGGAUACAAACCUAUGAAUCCGAAUCAGCCGAUCGGCAACCUCACCUACAGUGAUUUCUUUUUCCAUUUCCUCUGUAUUCACGAAAACAGUUUAGGAGACCGUCGGGCCACGUGUCCAGAAGUGUGGCUGUUUCCGGAAACAUCGAAUGUUCCCAUGAAGCACGUCGUCCUUCGAGUCUACGGAUCAAAGAGCAGCGGAAAGAAGACUCUGCUCAACUCGAUCGAUCAGUUCGCGACGCAACUUGUGACACGGUACAACAACGAGCGUGAGUGGGAAAAACGGGAAAAACGGGAAAGUUGAGAAUUUAGCAAACGAAGGCGAUGAGAAUUCUUCGAAGAUGAUAAACUUCCUGCUGAACAACGAGCAGAUCGAAUUGGAAAUGCUUUUGGAGGCAACUCUCGAGGUCCCAUUUUCCCUUUCUUCUAAAUAUAAUCAUUUCUUUCCAGAGCUCUCCGUUCGCCUCUGCUCUCGUCAUGUACGCAAUCGUUUACAACGUCGACAGUCGUGAUUCGUUCCUUUCCGCCACGAGCCUCUUAAGUCGCCUUCUUAAUCGGAAAAUCGCGCGUGGUGUGAACAUAAUUCUGGUGGGAAACAAAGUGGAUUUGAAAAGGAAUACGGUCGUUUCGAAAAUGGGUUCGUGCUUUUCGGAUCCGCUCAUUUUGAGGUCUCGAUUUGCAGAAGGGGCGUGUCUCGCCAAAGUGCAUAAGUGCCAUUUCAUAGAAGUGUCCGCCCUGUACUCGAUGAAUAUCGGCGAACUGUGGACGCUCAUUCUGAAGCAGCUGCAGACUCCUCCGAACGAAACGGAAGAGGAGCACGGCUGGAUGCAUCGGAUUGUCAACCGUGGCAAACAAUUGGCUCAUUCUGCCGAGCAGAUAGUGCAGAAAUUCGUAAACUAA